CAUGCAAAUUUUAAACAUAAAAUUUUAAUUAUUUUAAUUAAAAAUAAAGAAAAAAUUAAACGGAACCAAAUUUGCCACAAUCCAAACUAAAAUGUUGGCAAAAACUAUUACCGAAGAUAAACCAACUACCAACGAAAUUCAAAAUGCUCAAAACAACGAAAUAAACGAAAUAGUAACGGCGUCUGAUGCAGCAGAAAUAGCAACGACGUCCAGCAACCAAGAGACUGAAACAGUGGCCAUGGCGAAUGAUUUAAUGAAUGUAACGCCAACAAAUUUAAAUCCAAUAACGACAAAAACAAACACAACAGCUGAAAACGUAACUGAAACAGUAGCUGAAACAACUCCAACACAUAACACCACAAUAACAACAAAAACAAAUGCAACAGUAUUAACAUCGAAUGAUGCAUCCCAAAGCCCCUCUGUUGCGACAGGAAAAUGUUUCGUUAUGCCAACCAGCGCAAGUAGUUCCCUGAAGAAAAAGAAACGCAAUAAAAAUGCACACGCAAAACAAUUCACCAAUGGAACACUUGAUACUGAGGUAGUCGGUGGUGCCGCCAUGACUACUACCGGUGCCGAUACUAUGCCCACUAGCAUAAAGACAUCAUGGUCGAUGUCAUCGCUGCCCUAUGAUGAGAAGCAAGAAAUUCGUGAUGUUAUCGAGGCCAAACUAAGGGUUGAGCGCCCUUAUAAUAGUCUUAAGAAAACAACGGAACGUCGCAUAGUCGAGACCAAUGUUUGCCACACUCUUCCAAAUAGUAAAAAUCAUCGCUACUCAUGGGGAAGUGGUUAUAGUCAUAGUUCAUCUAGUUUACACAGUAAUGCUACACUUGGGCUUGAUGCUACUGAAGAUGUAAAGGUUGUAGGGGUCAAGGAUAUACACGGUGCAAAGGUACGAGUAGCUGAUUUGGUAUAUGACAUCGAUUAUGAUUCGGAAAUUAUACGUCCAGGUGAGACUGAAUAUGUAGAUCUCAUAAUACCAAAGGAAGUAAUUUCUUCUGAAGGGACGACAGAACCAGUAAAACCUUUAUCAUUAGUGAAUGAGGCUGGCGAUGUAAUAUACGUUUCAAGUUCUUCCGCAGCUUCUGGAAUUAAGAAUAAAAACUUAGAUAAUGGCUGUGAUCGAGGAAAAAUAACUUCUUUUUUUAAUAAAAUUAUUGGAACAAAGACUAAGAUUGGUACAAUACCUCGUACAUUUAAAAUCUAUGAAUAUUGA